CCGCUACGCCGGGAGCUGGAAGCAGGAUAGACUUAGUAACAAUAACAAUAAAAAAAAAACUGACUUAGAAAAAUACUUCUACGCUUUCCCAAGUUUUUUCUUCUUUUGUCUGAAAAAGUGUAAGGCUCACUUUCAUUUUCUCUCGUGUUGGUGUUUAAUCGGUGGGAGGAGGUGUUAACUUAAACAACUGUAAGUUAACGGUGAAGUUGGGCUGCUGGUGACGCCUUACAGAGAGAAACGUGGGCUUUAAACGUUGGAUUUCUCAGCCGGAAGACCCAUAAAUACCUAAAGGAGGGGGAAAAAAAGGAGCAGAGGAAGCUGGAAAGUAAAAGCGCAGGGAGAGUGGAGAAGUGAAAAGAGAGGAUAGGAACACCAGCCCUGCUAUCGUCCUGCCUGUGAAGGUGCUUUGUCAUGGGGAAACAGAACAGCAAGCUGCGGCCCGAGGUCCUGAACGACCUGAGAGAAAACACAGAAUUCACCGACCAUGAGCUGCAGGAGUGGUACCGUGGCUUUCUGAAGGACUGUCCCACCGGCCACCUGACUGUGGACGAGUUCAAGAAGAUCUAUGCCAACUUCUUCCCCUACGGAGAUGCCUCAAAGUUUGCCGAGCACGUCUUCCGCACUUUCGACACCAACGGUGAUGCCACCAUCGACUUCAGGGAGUUCAUUAUAGCCCUGAGUGUGACGUCUCGUGGUGGGCUGGAGCAGAAGCUGCGCUGGGCCUUCAGCAUGUAUGACCUGGAUGGGAAUGGCUAUAUCAGCCGGGCAGAGAUGCUGGAGAUAGUUCAGGCAAUUUACAAGAUGGUGUCAUCGGUGAUGAAAAUGCCCGAGGAUGAAUCAACACCAGAGAAAAGGACAGAUAAGAUCUUCAGACAGAUGGAUAUUGACAAUGAUGGUAGAUUGUCUUUGGAGGAGUUCAUUAAAGGUGCCAAGAGUGACCCGUCCAUUGUCAGACUGCUGCAGUCAGAUCAGGGAGCCUCCCGUCAGCUCUGAGGACAGGGAGGAUCAAAACCCGCAACACAUUCACACCUACAUCCCUCCAGCUUUGUGCUGUUUGUUCUGACAGAGGCCCGAUCUUCAUCACAGCCCCUCUCCUCCUUUCAUUUUAACACUCCACGUCUUAAUGUUUACAUUAAUGUACACUUCUCUGUUCAGUGUGGCUUAUUCCUCUGUGAAUUAUGACGUGCUUUCCAGUCGAGGCAUCCUUUUUUUUUGUGCAUUUUAAAAUUGCUCGUGAUUUUUACCCGUUUGCUUUAAGUGCCAUAUCUUUUAUUUAUGCUUACAGAAUUAUACUUUCCAGUAUUAUGUCUCUCAUUAUGUUAUACUAAAAGGAAACUAAUUAAAUCACUUAAUUCUAUUCAACUUAAUUGUUAAAAUAUGGCUUACUGUGGUUCAAGAUAACAGCAGCUUUAACAGACACAAGCUGCUGUAUUUAACAAGCCCUCUAUGCCUUUGGUAUUGCAUGCGCUCAUUGAAAUGCGUUUACAGUCCAUGUGAAUAAUGAGGCAGUGAUUGUUUUUAUUUCUUUUUAUUUUUGUAACAAAAAUGUCAUUUUGUUUUCACACAAUUGAAAUAAAGUUGUGUAAGAAAAAUCUA